CGUCCAGGCGUCCACACAGAAGACACCUCGCACUCUGCACAAACAGGACCAUGCUACACUGGGAUUUUAUAUAGAAAAUACAACUUUUGCCUCUUAGAACAUUCAGAUUUAAGCGUCAUCCAAAGUGAAGCACAGGCCAGCAGCGUGUGUGGAACAAGCGGUCCCAGAAAGAUUUCCGUCAUGGGAGCGCAUGGAUGGAGCACAGAGCAUCUUGGUUUUAUCGUUUGUGGAUUUCUGGCACUUUUCUGCGGAGAAUUUGUCCCACAGGCAGAGGCGGGCUGCAGGGAGAGAGAGAGCCCAAACUGCUGCACCGGCCGGAACAACGAAUGUUUUGAGUACACCAGGAGAAAAACGGUGUGCUACUGUGAUACUUACUGUCAGAAAACAAGAGACUGCUGCGAGGACUAUCAGAGCGUGUGCCAAAUAUCUGCAGCCAUUGACUGUGUGGUGGGAUCAUGGGGUCCCUGGUCAUCGUGCACGUCUUCAUGUGGAGUUGGCAGCACAGAAAGGAGUCGCCAAGUAUCUGUUCCCCCGAGAAAUGGAGGCACACCCUGUCCUGACCUCAAACAGCGUCGAGGAUGCUUUGGAAACAAUGCCAUAUGCAGAACGGCGAAAGAAGUGGCAAAGAUUCUGCCUAAUUCUUUCAAGAGGAACUUUAAGGACCCUUGGAGACGACCACACAUGCUGAUGAAGGAGGAGAAGGCCAGUUACUGUGUGUAUCUGCAAGUGAAACAGGCUAGCGUGGCAUGCAGACUCAAACUGUGGACUGCUCACUUGGUUAGAGAGAGGACUGUGUGUGUGGAGUGUCAGAGUGAUGCCAUGGCAAAGUCAGAUCGCUGUGGAGGCGACGGUGUAAAGAGCACCAGGACCUUCUGGUCAGCAGCUUCAGGCCCGGGCUGUCAUGGUUCCUGGGUUCGACAGUAUUCUUCUGAGCGCUGCCAGUGUCCCCUCGACUCUUUCCUCUUUGUUUGAGCCGGCACGCUAGCCUCAGACGUCUGUAUGCAGGGAUGAGUUUUCCCUCUGAGCCUCCUGCCAAGCGUAGGAGAGCCGUGCCAGCCAAGCCAGACCCUCCGAUCCAGAUUACUGGAAGGGUAACUCAAGGAUAUUAGCAGCAUCCUGCCACUUUUUUCCUUUCACCUCAUAUUCUGUACUGUAUAAACUCUUAAAGCACACAUAAAUUCUUGCAUUUAACUUCUGAUUUUACAGCCACAUUAUUCUCCUCCAAAGCACAGCAUUUAUAUGCCUUUUUACCUCUGAAUCUUUACUAUCUACCUCCAUCAAUGCAAGUGCAUUUUCUAAUGCAUGAUGUAUAAAUAUAUAAAUAUAUUAUUUUGCUUUAUACAUUUUCUACUUAUGAUUGGUAUGUGUAAUGUGUGUGUGUAUAUAUCUAUGUCUAUAUAGCUUCACUUAUUUGUACCCAACAGUAUAAACAUCAGUCAUUUAUCCCCAGUUCAAACAGUCCAAACUCAUCAGUGGGUUACUAGAUACUAAAAUCUGGUUCUGUUCUAUAUUUUCUUCCAACAACAGCUUUUUAUCCCAGUAGGUGAAGUUUGAAUAUCAGGUACUGAUUCUCAGGUGCUUAGAUUUCAAGUCUCCUUCAUGUUGGCCUCUUCUUGUGGUUAGUUACAGGUGUUUUUAAUAGCUUAACAUGACUUAUAGCUGAGAUCAGUCACAUCUGUUUAGACCUAAUAUUGCUGGAGAGGAAAAGGAGCCAUAUAAGAGAAUUCACUGUGGUUCUGUCUGUCUUGUGUCCAAGAUUUAAAAAAAAAAAAAAAAAAAUGCUUCAUUGCCUGCCCUGCUCACAGGAGAGUUUUAUCAGCAGGGUAUGAUCCAAGAUAAAUAUCAUGAACAGCCAACUCCUAUAUUAUUAAUUAACCACAUCUCCUCCCAGCACUCCCUACAGGCCCCUGACUCUUUUCUGUUCUGCUCUUGUUGUCUCUGUUGACUUGGUGUUCUCUCUGAAAUAAAUUACAGAUUAACUACAGCGUUACCUUCUUGAGUUAAAUGGCACAGCAUGCAUUUCCACAUCUCUUUUGCUGUUUGGUUUAAGAAGAAAGCAGGUGCAGUCACAGUGUGGAAAGCUGUUCCUUGCUCUUUACAUCCCCCAUGUCUGUGUUUGUGUGUUUAUUUAUUAUAAACCAUGUGAUGAUUUUAUAAGUGCGGCACAACAUUUUCUGUACACUGUCCAUUAGCAAAAUUAAAA